UGCAAACACCGCCCUUCUUAUCUUUUACCCUUCUCAUCUUGAUUUUUUUUUAAACAACUACGAUUUUUCAAAAUGAUCAAUAAUACGAUGUACGUCUGCACUGUUUUGAAAUCAGAAUACCCCUCUAAUCUUACACAUACUAAGCCCUUUCGUUCAUCUUUCCUUCUUUUCCUCAACAACCCACCCUCUUUCAUUCCUGUUUAUCUUUCUGUCAAAUUCUAAAUCCAGUUCCAUGGCAUCUACUUCUAAUUUUAGUUGUAACACUGAGCGUGAACCAGGGAAUGCAUCUGAAGAAAUUGUUGUGUCUCCAUCCGCUUCUACUACAAUCUCAGUUGGAACCCUAUUUUCAUCCUGUUUUAAUUGGUGUUCUCCCUUUCUUUCUCUCUGUUCAACUCGACACCAUUCUACUGCUUCUCAAGGGAUCGCACCAUCUCCGUCUGAUACAAAUGCUGCUUUUGAACAAGUUGUACCAUCCGCAUCUACUUCUGGUAGAUCCACUCAAAUGCCAGACAGAAAGCUGCCCUACGAUGUGUUUAUUAAUCAUCGUGGCCCCGAUGUCAAACACACGCUCGCAGCCGCUCUCUAUAAGACCCUCACUGGCAUGGGAUUGAGGGUUUUUCUUGAUGAAGAAGAGCUUGAAUAUGGGGAUUUCUUGCCUGGAGAAAUAGAAGAGGCAAUGCGCGGUGCUUUGCUUCAUAUAGCUAUAUUUUCCAAGAAUUAUGCACAAUCCUCAUGGUGUUUGGCAGAGCUUUCGUUUAUGCUCAAAACGGGAACCCAAAUAGUUCCUGUUUUCUAUCAUGUUAAGCCUGAUGAUGUCAGAUAUGCAAAAGGAGUUUAUGCUGAGGCAUUUUCCCGGCAUACAGAAAAGGGUAGAUACACCUUGAAAAAGCUUCAAGAGUGGAAGAAUGCACUCAAUAAUGUUUCAUAUAAUGUCGGCAGCAUCGUUCAUAAUGAAAAUGAUGAGGGGAUCCUGAUGAAGAAAAUUGUUGGCUCUGUUUCGAAAGUAAUAAAAAAUUUGCCAUUUGUGGUUGCCAAUCAUCCAAUUGGUUUGGAUAAAAUUCUAAUAGAUUUUGAAAGGACAACACUUCAAGCUACAGAGAGCCAUAACAAUGUACAAAUUGUAGGAAUAUGGGGCAUGGGUGGCUCUGGCAAGACUACUCUUGCCAAACAGUUAUAUAAUAAUAAAUAUAAAUAUAUGGAUAAGUCUAGUUUUCUAUUAGACGUCAGAGAUGCUGCUUCAAAGAAUAAAUUGCAUAAGAAGCAAAAAAAGCUUCUAGAAGAUCUUGGUCUAAAAGGAGUAUCAAUUGACAAUAUAGAAGAAGGAAAGGGGAUUAUUGCUAGCCGCUUGCGAGCUAUUCGAGUGCUUAUCAUUUUGGAUGAUGUAGAUAAUGUAGAGCAAUUGAAUGCUCUAGUGCCCAAUAAGGACAAUGUUGGAUGGGGUAGUUUGAUUAUAGUCACUUCAAGAGAAUUUGAAGUCCUUCGAUGUUGGGGCAUCUUGUCCAUUUACAAAAUGAAAGCAUUGGAUCGACCUCAUGCCAAGCAACUCUUUUGUUGGCAUGCUUUCUUGCAGCCCUCUCCCAACCACGUGUUUGAAGAUUUGGUUGAAAAAUUCUUAAAUGUUUGUCAUGGAUUACCAUUGUCUCUAAAAGUUUUUGGAGCACAGCUAUAUGGUAUCUCCAACAAAGAUUAUUGGGAAAUUCAAUUGCAGAAGAUCUCCAGAAUUUUACCCAAAGAUAUCAAGGAGAGGUUAAAAGUCAGCUAUGAUGCUCUAGAUGAGGAGGAGAAGCAGAUAUUCUUAGAUAUUGCUUGUUUCUUUAUUGGAGAGAAAGUAGCUUCAGCCAUUGCAGCUUGGGAUGGAUCAGGAUGGAAUGGUCAGCACAGUUGGGAAGGACUUUUAAAUAAGUGCCUUGUAGAGCUCAAUGAUGCAUCCGAUGAUGAGAGCAUAGAAAUGCAGAACCAUUUACUCAAUGAUGAGCUUAUAAGAAUGCAUGACCACUUACGUGAUUUGGGAAGAGAAAUCGCCAAUCAGAAAUCACCCUACCGUCUGUGGUCUCCCCACCAGAUUAUUAAUGCUGGUCAUGAAGGACAGGGAAUUGCCAUUCGAGGAAUAAGGUCGACAGCAAUUGAAUACAUAAGUGAGGAAUUUCUUCGACUUUCCCAUGAUGGAAAGCUUAUAAUCAAGGCAAGCGGAGUAAAUUAUAGCUUGGAACCCUCUUCGCCUGGAUUAAAAAUUCUUCAUGUUAGAGGAAAUCAUUAUAAUCAAGUAAUUGGUGAUCUAUCAAGAGAGUUGGUAUGGCUUCGUUGGCAUAACAUUGAUGAGAGAAAUCUUCAGGCAUUGAGUUCAUUGAAAAAUUUGAGGGUUUUAGAACUCUACGGAUAUCGGUUAGACGAACUAUGGGAGACUGACAGCAAUGCUCCUGUGCAGUUAAGAGAGUUGGUUAUUGAUGUGUUCACAGGAUUUCCAAAGUCAAUAGGAUGUCUUAGACAUUUGAAAAAAAUAGUCAUCAGGAUUGGGAACAGAGUGGUGGAGAGUCUGCCAGAAGAAAUUUGUCUUCUUCAAUCGCUGGAGUACCUGGAGUUAUCUAGUGCGGGUGCAGCGCGACAUGGUUCAUGUUUAAGGCUAUCAUCACUACCUAGCAGGUUUGGUGAUUUGAGAAACCUGAGGCAUAUUUCUUUGACCCAUUGCUGGAAUCUAAAGAGCUUGCCAGUCUCAUUUAAGGAGCUCACUCUCCUGCAAUACCUCUCCUUAGAUGGAUGUUAUAGCCUCACCUUAGAGUCAGACAUUUUGGAAAACAUGACAAAGCUAGAAUAUUUGUAUAUCCAGGGUUGCUGGAAAUUGGAAGAGUUGCCUCGUCACAUCACAAAUCAGGCUUCCUUGACAAAGCUUCAUUUAUCUAUGGAGAGUUUAAGGGUGUUACCGGUGAACAUCGGUCAGCUUAGCAAGUUGCGAAUGAUGGAGAUAGAAAAUAGUAAAUUGUUGACAAGCCUGCCGAUGUCUGUUGGGCAACUAAUUAAUCUUCGAAAGCUGCGUAUAAGGAGGUGCCCAAUCAGUGAAUUGGAUCUCGGGGCAGGGUUGUUUACUUGUUUGAUGUUGAUAGAGCUUGAGAAUACCGAAGUGUCCAAGAUCUCUAUCUCUGAAGACUGUUAUCUCGAGAGUCUCACACUUCUUUAUAAUGGCAAUUUAAAGAAGAUAGAAGUCCUACCAAAUACUCUCGAGAGCAUAGUUUUGAAAGGGUCCCCCAAGUUGGAUGUGCUUCCCUGUUUUGCACAAUCAACCUUUCUCCGAGUAUUUGAACUCAUAGGCUGCUACGAUGUUAAGAAAAUACAAGGUUUAGAACAUUGCAGAGCAUUAGAGAAGCUGAUAGCACAUACGAGGUGGGAGGAGGCGGGCAUAGAAAGUUUGGAGCACAUGGAAAGUUUGAGAAGAGUGGAACUCAAAGCAAUCGGCAGAUCAGGUGUUGAAAGUUGCAUUCAAAGCAUGCAGUUGGCAUGGAGUUGCAGGAGCGAAAAUGGAAUAACAAGUUGUAAUAUGGGUAUUCCAAUGGAGUUGGAGGGGGGUAAAUGGGUAUGGACGGCUCUCUUAACACAACAUUCCUCGUUCCACCAGGAAAUUUCGAGUAAAAAACAAUCAAGGUUACACAUAUGUCAACAUGGUGAAGGAGAAGUGGAGAGAGGACUGCUCGUGAUGGGAGAAGAGGACAGAGUUUGGGAGGCUUUCACACGGUUAUACAGGGAAAUGUUUGGGCAACGCUGGGAGGUUGCGAUCUGGGUGCUGCAAAGAUGGAACAGGGAACAGAGUGGGCGGGGUUUUGGAUUUAAUUUUUAAUUUUUUUUCCUUGUUUUAUUUGAAAUUCAUAUUGGCCAAAUGUAAUUGCAAACAAUACGGUUAACAAUCCAUGUCUAUUUCUGGAAUUUACUGGCUGGCCCCCUUUAAUUUCAAUUUUCUUUACUGUAUUUCAUUUUGUAAUUUCUGAGCUAUAAAUGCUGCUGCAAUACCAGCAGUUGCA